AUGUUUCCUAACUUUAGAAACACAGCCGAUCGCAUUCAAAAGGAACAGGAUUUGCUUUCAAAGGUCGAACGUCGGAACAGACAAAAUACUAUCAAGCGUAACCUAUAUGCCGAAGCUCUUUGGGCUGCCGAUGCUGGCAAGGUAGUCAAAGCGCCACAAUCAAGCGAUACCACACAAUCGAUCCUUAGUAUGAAUGAAGGUGUUAUUCAUGCAAAGUCGGAUGAGGAAAAUAGCGCUGUACAGCCACCCGACAUAACCCCAAGCACUACUCUUUCGCUUGAUCUGAACGCUCCUACUACAUCGAAUGCUUCACAUGAGCUGAUUAAAGAGUGGUUUCACUCCCAUCCUGAAUUAAUUAAUCUACGAAUAUCACCGGUCAGAAAAGAUGGAUCAAUUGAAGAGCGAUAUGUAUUAGGAGUCGAUGGGUACUUGUAUUCAGUCAGAUCCGGUCGGAAAGUAAGACCACAAAACAUUGACUGGGUAGCGACGAGAAAUCAAGUUAUGGACACUUCCAACGAGCAAACGCAGACACAAACAAACAAUACUAUAGAUUGGAUACGAAACUGGUAUAUUGCUCACCCAGAAUGGGUCUCUAUGAAAGUUCGCCCUAUCAAUCGGGUUGGUACAACAAGUAAGAAAUACUACUUUGGAACAAACGGUGUUCUUUUUGACCUGAGAACUGGAGAGCGUGCUCAGGAUAUUGACUACGAUUCACCUGAGGCGAUUGAUUGGGCAGCAACUGCAAACCAUAUCAAACACAUAUACUCCGAUGGGGAGAGCAAUUCGAUUGAUGAGUUGGCUAUGAUGCGGAUGCCUGUCCCUUCACUCUCAUAUGACGAAACACAAGCUCUACUUGACGCUGCUACGGAUCAGGAAGAUACUCGUGAUUGGGUAACUCAAUGGAUGAGCGAGCAUCCUGAUCAAGAAAUUCAACCCGUAGUCAGUCAUACAAGACCUGACGACAUCGAUUGGGUGGCUACACAAGAAACCAUUUUAUCACGAUCCUCUUCUGGUUUGACGAUGGAAGAGUUGUUGAAUCGAUUAGACGAGCAGGCUCAAGCUUUCAUGUCAGCAGAACCUGCCUUUGUUGAAGUGGUCGAUCACACAGCCACUGAACUAAGACAAGCAGACUUAGAGAGUGAAUUAUCCGAUACAUCAACUUCACCGACUCCAGACGAGCAGCGUCGUCGCCGUCGUCAUCGUAUCCAGAUCGAGGGGGCUGUGGAGAGAUUGAGGGAGGCUCGUGCAGCUAAAUCCCGUGCUAAACGGAAUGAAUUCGUACAGCAGACGCGCCGUGAGCUGACACAGCUGUUAAAUGAGAUGAGAGAGAACCUUAUAAUGAGAGCGAACGACUUCGAUGUUCCCAACCCUCCAACCCGUAGUCGAUUUACAAGAAAACAGUGGUUACAACGUUCACUUCGACAGGCGUUGACAAAAAUAAGUGCUCGUGGCUUCGGAACACUUAACAGAUCAGAGAGACUGAAGACACUGGAGACAGCCAUCUCUUGCUUACGCGAGCUCAAAGACGACAUGCCGUCCGACGUAUAUCGAAGUCACUAUCAAGUGAUAUCCAGAGCGUUUUCUAGACAAAGCGCGACCGCAAUGACAGGUCGUCGCGACCGAAAUACUUCUCGCACAGAGGAAUUACUUAUGGGGGCACCUACUCCUUCGCUUCCAAGCUAG